GUAAAAGGAUGCAGCAGACAUCGUUCUAAACGCGUGCAAUAGAAGAAGGCCAUGGCAGAGACAGAGGUGACUGUGUCCAUGGGAGACGUGGUGGUGAUGAAGUCGAAUGAAGAUGAGGCGGUGGUAGAUGAUUCGGGCAAGGCACAAGUCAUUCUACAGCUGCAAGCAGUUACACCUUUGGCUGAGGAUGAAUCUGGAGUCACAAGUGCAACAGAAGAAGCUUUGGCUGAAGGAGAGGACGUUGAGCUGGGAUUCCCCAUCACUUGUGGCGAGAGCAAGGCCAUUCUGCUGUACAAGAAAUUUGUUUGCCCAGGAAUCAAUGUCAAGUGUGUCAGGUAUGGGGACCAGUUAAUCAGUCCUAAGCAGUUUGUCCUUAUGUCUGGCAAAGCCACACUCAAAGACUGGAAACGAGCCAUCAGAAUGGGAGGUGUCAUGCUCAGGAAAAUGAUGGACUCAGGUCAGUUAGAUUUCUAUCAGCACAGUACGCUGUGCACCAACACCUGCCGCAGUACUAAAUUUGACCUCCUUAUCAACAACACACGUUUCCCUCCUGACAGCAGCGUACUCAGUACUCCUUCAGCCCAGGGGCAGGCCUCUGUAGUUAAUGGAGAAGAGAUCAUCUUGGUAGAAGAAAAGCCAGUGGCGAGUGGCUCUGCAGACUGGAUUUUGGCUAGUGGGGAGACUACAAAGAAGCAAGAAGUACAGGAGAUAUCUGAGGAGACUUUUAACUUCUGGAAGGGCAUAGUUGAAGUCGGCCUGAUGGGAGAGGUGGUGACGAAUAUCCGUACUGAACUGCUGGAGAUGUUAAGAGGGGUGCAGCUUCAUUCUGAUCAGUCCACUAUACUGGAUGCUGAAGUGGCAGUUCUGAGUAACCUGACGCAGGUAUUCGGGCUGCUGGACUCGAUCAAACGCAUCCUGUGUGUUCGCCGACAAAUGACUGACCCGGGACAGAAACAGGCCCUUAAAACCCUGAGCAGUUUGGAACAGCAGUUGGAGAUGCAAAAGAAGCAGCAGACACAAAGCUUGCUGGCCUCCAUGCCCUCCUCCCCUCUUCCACCCAAACGCCCACCUAAACGGCCCCGUCUCCAACGGCCAGCCUCCGCCACAGUGCUCCAGCCUCUGACCCUCCAACCACCCCAGUUCACCGUCCUCUCGCCCAUCACCCUCUCCUCCAUGUGCCAACCGUUUGCCGUGCCUGGCCUGGCACAGCCAUCCGGCGCGGUCACCUUGUUCGCCCACGUGGCGCCGCACGACGCAAAAGCCGAGUUGCUCACGUUGGUGGGCACGAUGCCAGUCCAGGAGCAGGCUCGGCUGGGAACGGUGGAACUGGGAGCGGCCGGCACAGUCGACAUGACGAACGCGGUGCUGGUGCAGGAGCACGAGAGCCAGGCGAUCGAGAUCAACCUGCAGAUGGAAGCCGAGGAGGAGCUGGAGGAGAAGAGGAGGAGGAUUGAAGGGGGUGAAAUCGUGGAGGAUGAAACGGUGAGGGAGGUGCAAGUCGAGACGGAGGAGCUGCACUUGGAAGCAAACGGGCAAAUUCACAACCUGCAGAUUUUAGUGGUGGAAGAUGACGAGGAGACGCAGGGCGGAGUCAAAUGUGAAUGAGAACCUUGUCUGAACCCUGAGAUGAAGAUAUUUGCACUCGCUUUUUGUACUACUUUCCUAAAGAGGUCUGCAUGGCCAAGUUGUGUACCUGCUUUUUUAAGGAGCUACUUCAGUAUUUCUUUUUGAACUUGACUGGAUGCAACUGCAUUUUGCUUUUGUAGAAAUGUCUUCAGUAUUUCUUAUUUAAUUUAUUGUAAUUCUUUGAUCACAGAUGACUAGAUUGGGCACUUUUUUAGGUGUUGAGCCAAAAUGUUAGAAACUCCUAUUAUUCGUUCACACACCAACCUUAAAUUGAGUAUAGAUACACUUGUAAGGUACGUGUAUGCCAUGGCAGUAUUUGAUUUUUCUAUUUUCUUCAACUGGAUAAUUAAUUUUUUAGCAACCUACUUCUUU